CCCCGGAAGAGCCCCGGCAGGGGCUGCGGGAGUGGCGGCGCGAUGGCGGCUGCGGCGGUGUCGGAGGCCUGGCCGGAGCUGGAGCUGGCGGAGCGGGAGCGGCGGCGGGAGCUGCUGCUGACCGGGCCCGGGCUGGAGCAGCGGGUGCGCGCGGCGGGCGGGCGGCUGCCGCCGCGGCUCUUCACGCUGCCGCUGCUGCACUACCUGGAGGUGAGCGGCUGCGGCAGCCUGCGCGAGCCGGGCCCGGGCCUGGCUCAGGGCCUCCCGCAGCUGCACAGCCUCGUGCUGCGGCGCAACGCGCUGGGGCCCGGCCUGAGCCCUGAGCUCGGCCCGCUGCCCGCGCUGCGCGUGCUCGACCUGUCAGGCAACGCGCUGGAGGCGCUGCCUCCGGGCCAGGGCCUCGGCCCCGCCGAGCCGCCGGGCUUCCCGCAGCUGCAGAGCCUCAACCUCAGUGGCAACCGGCUGCGCGAGCUGCCCGCCGACCUGGCGCGCUGCGCGCCGCGCCUGCAGACCCUCAACCUCACCGGCAACCGCCUGGACGCCUUCCCCGCCGCGCUCUUCCGCCCCGGCGCGCUGCCGCUGCUCAGCGAACUGGCGGCCGCCGACAACUGCCUCCGGGAGCUCAGCCCCGAAAUCGCCCACCUGGCCUCGCUCAAGACGCUGGACCUGUCCAACAACCAGCUGAGUGAGAUCCCAGCAGAGCUGGCCGACUGCCCCAGGCUCAAGGACAUCAACUUCCGGGGGAACAGGCUGCGGGACAAGCGCCUGGAGAAGAUGGUCAGCGGCUGCCAGACCAGGUCCAUCUUGGAGUACCUGCGCGCCGGGGGCCGCGGGGGCUGCCGGAGCCGGGGCAAGGCCGAGGGCCCCGACAGGGAGGAGGCGCGGAGGAAGCGGCGGGAGCGGAGGAAGAGGGAGUGCGGCGAGGGCGAGGAGGCGUGGGUGGACGAGGCCAGCCGGCUGCUGCUGCGGGUCCUGCACGUGGCCGAGAACCCGGCCCCACUGACGGUCAGGGUGAGCCCCGGGGUCGGAGACGUGCGGCCUUUCAUCGUGGGCGCCGUGGUGCGGGGCAUGGACCUGCAGCCCGGGAACGCGCUCAAGCGCUUCCUCUCUUCCCAGACAAAGCUGCACGAGGACCUUUGUGAGAAGAGGACGGCGGCCACCAUCGCAACCCACGACCUCAGCGCCAUCCGGGGGCCCCUGCUGUAUGCCGCCCGCCCCCCAGAAGACCUCAGGCCUCUAUCCUCAGCCCGCUGGACGUCCGCCUGGAGGACUGUCAGCUCUCAGAAGCCUCCCGCUGGGACCCCCAGCGACGGGCCAACGUGCAGUGUCCACCCCGUAGAUCGUCCCCUUGGGGCGCCGGGAAGUCAAGGCCAAGGACCUGGUGCGGCAGCUGCAGCUGGAGGCGGAGGAGCACAGGAAGCAGAAGAAGAGGCAGAACGUGUCGGGCCUGCACAGAUUAAGAAAACCACUUGUGACCUGUUUCUGGAAGUGACGAGCGCCGCCAGCCUGCAGAUUUGCAAGGACAUCAUGGACGCCCUCAUCCUGAAAAUGGCAGAAAUCAACAAGUACACUUUGGAAAACAAAGACGAAGGUUCCCUCUCCGACCACGAAGCCGAUGCCAUUCCUGGACAAGUCCCGGGCCCCAGGGCGACUCCAGGUGCUGAGCAGGCUGGGAGUGCCCCGCUGGUGGUGGAGCAGGUCCGGGUGGUGGAUGAGGAGGGCCACCUGAAGGUGGUGUAUCCGUCCAAGACGGACCUGGACCUCGCCGCCGCCCACGUGACUGUGCUCCGCUGAUGGCCGGGCCACUGCCUCAGGCUCCCAGGGAGGCACUGUCAGCUGCACUGGCUCUGCAGGGCUUUCGUGUGGUGAUAUUAAAUUAUUCCUUCACCUCGGUAGUUUUUAAGAUAUAUGCAUUCUCUGUUCAGUUUUCCAGUCGAUUCUGUCGUAGGGGGUGCCACGUUGACAUGCGCUGAAGUCAUUUCACCUUUACAGCACCGAAUUGACUCUGCCAGUGCUUUUAAUGAAAUCACUUGAAUAUUGGAACUAACUGCUCAAAGGGUUCUGAAAUCAUGUAGCCACACAGCAAAUCACUGUAUUCACAGGGGGAAAGGACACUAUAAUUGGUGUGAAUAUUUAGUUCUAAGUUGAGAAGCUGAACAACAUGCAUUUUGCUGAGCUGCACAGUUAUUUUUCUACAAUACAAUAUCUUUUAAAGUCCUACGGUUCCAGCAGUGCAGCUUAGAAAUGUGGGAUGUCAUGGUUUCCAGUUAUUGUAAACGAUAAUCUUUUUAUAAAAACAUUUUUUAACGUGA